UUAGCAAAAAUUUUGGAAACUCAAAACGAAAUGAUGUGCAGACUCGAUAUUUUGGAGAAAGCUGUAAAGGAAAAUGCGCUUGAUAGAGGUGUUUUAAUGGCACAAAACCAGAACGUAAGAGAAUGCAAGGCCGUGCUCACCAAAGUUCACCACUCUGUAAGCCGUUUGACAGGCGAAGUAGAAGACCGUACACAAAUCGAAAUAGCUUCAUUGCCAAUGGUUAGCGUUGACGCCGCAUAUGAGGUUGAAGAAAAAUUAAAAGCAAAAGAAUAUGCAGAAGCAAUGGUAUAUUUUGAUCACUUUUUAAAUCUUAUGGAAUUAUUCAAUAGACCUUUUUUAUAAUUUACAGAAAAUAUAUUUGUCCAAAUUAAAGGCACAAGCGGAACUGUAGAUGACGUCUUACGUAAACUUAUGGCCGAUGAACUUUUGAUUUUAUUCAACUUGGAUGGGAGAAAAAAUAAAAAGGCAUUCAUUAAGCUUGUGCUGGUUAAUGAAUUGUUAUUCGGUAUGUUGAUCUCGUAAAAUGUUUAUUCCAGAGACCGAAAAUAAUCGUUAUAUUUAAAAUUGGUUUGUGUUUAUUUCUCUUUUUUUAUGUAUUUUGCUUAAUAGUUUGCUGAGAUAUACAAGGUACUAUAUUUAUAUAUUUUUUUUGUGUACAUCCUUACUUAAAGUAGUCUCAAACGUGGUACAUUUUAAAAUAAAAGUCG